AACUCAGUUCAGCACACAGUUUGGACACUUAUAUUACCAAAAUUUCUGUUAAAAUUAUUUGAUAAAAAAUUAUUCAGUUCAAUCAUGUUCAAAGUGCGCAGCUUGGCGCUCAUGAAAUUGAGUGAAGGCGUUUUCGGCGCACGACUAAUGGCCAAAUCGCCGAAGGAUUCGGGCAAGGAUUCUUGCAAGGGUGCCGAUUCCAAAAAGAAGAAAGACAAAAAGAAGAAGGAUAUGUGUGGCAGAACUGUUGUUCCCACUUCACCACGUUGCAAAAACAAACCCGGCGGCUCAGACAAAUCCAAAGAUGAGUGCAAGAAAAAGUAGCAGAGUUCGAAUAAAUCAUUUCAGCCCCUUAAACAAAAUCACAGCAGGCCUUUAAACAAACUUCAAGCUGCUUUGGCCUAAGUCAAAAUUAAAGUUACAAAAGAAAAAAAAACCAUGUCCCGACUUUUGCUGCAGUGCCGCAGAACUUUGCUGAUCCUUCGCCAUCAAACGGCGGUGGAAAAUGAGAAAGGACUCUUUGGCAAACUGCUGGGAAAGUGCCAGUCCUUUGGCAAGGAUGAAAAGGAUCUUGGCCAGCAGGAGGAGGAGGAAUCAAAGAGAUCUUAGUUAGGAAAUUCAAAUGUCUGCAGCUAAAGAAGCUACCCCGUUCCCAUUGAAGAUCAUAUAAUGGGCAGCAAAUUACCAUAUUGUUGCCGGAGAUCCCAGAUGAAUCGGGUCCAUUUUACGGGCAGCUCAUAAAACGGAUCGUGCACAGACAUUAUAAAGCCAUAAAGCAUCAACUAAAAUCGGUCAAAAAUAGCUUUGGAGGGGCACAGGCGAUGGCCAGACUUAGACAAGUGAUACAACAUCCAUUUCCCUGGUCGGUUUACGAUGUCUGAAAAUGCCAGGCAUCGAAAUUCGACGGCGAAGGGCAGAAUGACCAGCAGCGAGAUGUAUCUAAAUUUGAAGCGAACCAAAUUGUUAGAUAAAAGCAAUUGUUUCUCACUG